CCGAUUCAACUCUAACGGGAACAGGUUCAACUUUAACGGCCAUGACUGUUUCAACUGCAAAAGCCACUGGUUCAACUACAACGGCCACCAAUUCAAAUACAACGGCCACGGGUUCAACUGCCAUGGUCACCGGUUCAAUUAUAACGGCCAAAGUUUCGACUACAACGGCCGCCACCGCCAUUGUUUCAACUACCAAAGUUUCAACAGCAUUAAUGACGCAAACAACAACUGGUACAUCACCACUGUGCAUAAUUCAACCCAAAAAUUGUCGGUCUAAUAGUAACACGAAAAUGUUGAAGUGCUGUCGGCAACCACCUUUAACACUUGUUCCUUUCACUGGACUGGACACAGCAUGUAAGGCUACUAAGGGUGCCCUUAAAGCGUUCAACACUUUUACGCUUAACAAGCAGCAGCGCUAUGGCAACUCACUAGGGAACUCAAUUCUUUUCGAAAGCUCAAAAGUUAAGAAGGUUUUGGGGAAGAAAGCUUGUUUUAUAAACUGCUACUUGAAACAAAAAGGAGUUAUGUCAUCUGAAUAUGUUAUUGACACGGCAAAGCUAACCGAUUUCCUAACUGCUGCGCAAAUUGACGCCACUUGGAGAUCAAAACUUGCAUCAGCAAUAUCUGAUUGCCUGUCAAUAUUUGAUAGUCUGAAAAUUCCAGAUUUUACUUCAAAAGGAGUCACGUGUCCUGGGAAGGCAUUUCUAGUUGUCCAAUGUGUACACCUCAAAGCAAUUAGCAGUUGCCCUCAAAAAGUGGAAACAAAAAAGUGCCAGAAAAAAUACGAUUUGUUCAACAGGUGCUCGUGUAACAUUUUUAAGCAACAAGCUAUGAAUAAGAGACAGCAAAUCAAAAAGAGAGUCAAAUCGGGAAAAAUCGUCAAGAAAGUAAUUGAAAAUGUGGGAAAUAAGCUCACUAUAGGUGACGCGAUCAAAGUGAAAAAACAGAAGAAGAAAAUGGUAAAAUCUAAAAAAGUAAAAAACGCAAUAGAGAAAGGAAAAAAGAGGAAAAGCGUUAAAAAUGGGAAACAAGAAAGAAAGAAAAAUUUCACAGCAAAUAAAAAGCAGGAGGUCCAGGAUGAAAAUAACCGUCGGAAACAUUUGAAACAAAAAGUGAAAGCUGAAAAAGAGAUUGUACAGGAUGAAGGAAAAAGUAGAAAGAGCAAUAAAAAGUCCAAUGCUAAAGGUGAUGGAAAGAAGAUGAGGCAAGGAGAGAGAUUGACAAAAAUGAAAAAGAAGAAGCUUGGAAAAAAGUCAGAUGCAUCCAGAUUCAAUUACUAUGCUUAAUCAAACAGGGAAGGCGAAACACUCGAGACAACCUGCGACCAUCCAUUGCUACGACGUCCGAUUCUUUUAAUCUUUUUAUUCCCUUCCAUUCGUAUUUUUUUUUAAAUUUUUUUAUUUUUAAAUGUAUUAUUGCUUUAAGAUUUAUGCAAUAAAUUCUU